AUGGAGGCUCCUCAACCCUCCCGAAACUAUGCCUACUUCGCCAAAUUUCUAACCACACAAUCCCUAGUCGACAUCUGGAGAGCACAACACCCAUCUACCCGAGACUUUAAUCUCCCCAUACUCACGCAUAGAAGGUGUAAAGUGAUCUAUUCACACCCACACACCUCAAACUUAAUAUCCCAAGUAUCUAGCACCAACAUAGGGACCAUCUCGUGGUCGGACCAUGCCGACAUAUCGCUCAUCAUCCGCCUCCUGGACCUAAAACGCCCAUGGUCUUGUAAACUGAACCUGCUUACUCCUCCAUGA